CUUACUGGCUUUUCCGUGGAACGACUAUAAAAAUCCAUGCGGUUCUCCCUCGUCGUCCCACGACUCUAAGAAGAACACAACAAUUUCCUCCAAAAAGCUCACCAGAUCCCCCACAGCCACUCGACCUUCCCUUCCCUCACGGUCAAACCACACCCACAACCACCGCUUUUUGUUUCCUUAUCUUCCCUCUAUAUAUCUCUUCGCUCCAUUCUUCUCCUCCUUCCAUCUCUCUUCAUACCCACAUAACGCAAAAAAGAAAAAAAAUAACCCUCUCCAUCUUGAAUCCAUCUCUCAAACCCAUCCGGCAGCAACCCUUUUUCCCCCCAGUUCUCAAAAUCGAAGACGGAUUUUGAUUAGCUUUGUUCUGGGUUAUUUUUUUCCCGUAGUGCAUGUGAUUCAGGGGAAGCUUGAUUGGAAAGGGAAAGUGGGUUGCCAAAGGGUGUGGAUUUGAUUUGAUUUUUGGUGGUUCUCGGUUAUUGUUUUUUUUUUAAUUUGUUUCCUUUCUCCGGUAGGAAGAAGGAAAGCUGGAGGGAUUUUCAGGGGAUAAUUCCAGGGUAGACAAGUUGUAGACAUCACGGCUAUUCACGGUGUAACUCGGCCUCUAGCUCAUGUCCGUUGUCGCAAGGUGGAUAUAGUGAUUCAGAGCAACCCUUCUGCGCACGGCGGUCGUGGAGCUUUGCCUUCUGAAGGCGGGAGCCCUUCAGAUCUCCUCUUCCUUGCCGGCGGUGGUUCCCUCUUCCCUUCGUUUUCUUUUUCCUUUUUAGUUUAGGAUUUAGAAGAUUUAUAAGUUUGGAAACCGAAAAAGUAGAAAUAGAAUAUAUAGGAUUCAAACAUAUUGUUUGAGAUCCUUUGUGGGUCGUGGAGAAUUUGUGAACAUCCCUGAGAGACAAGUUAAUAAAAAAAAGAGCUAAAAAGAUGAUGCUCAGAAUCAAGAGGGUUCCUACCGUUGUGUCGAACUACCAAAAGGAGGAGGGCGAAGACCCUGCUCGCCGCGGCGGAGGUUGCGACCGCAAUUGCCUUCAAAAGUGUUGCAUUCCAGGCGCAAAGCUUCCUCUGUAUACUUUCAAGAGGGUACAGGAGAUUCCCGGUGACAAGUGUGUUCUUGAGCAUGACGAUAACCAGGCUCCUGUUGCAUUCUUGGAUUCCCUCCUUCUUGGACAAUGGGAGGACCGCAUGCAGCGAGGACUGUUUCUCUAUGAUGUCACUGCAUGUGAAACCAAGGUGAUUCCUGGUCGGUAUGGCUUCAUGGCCCAGCUGAAUGAAGGUCGUCAUCUGAAGAAGAGGCCAACUGAGUUCCGCGUUGACAAGGUUCUUCAGCCAUUUGAUGGGAACAAGUUCAACUUCACUAAAGUUGGACAGGAGGAAGUGCUCUUCCAGUUCGAUGCAAGCAAAGACGGUGAAGUUCAGUUCAUCCCAGAUGCUCCAGUUGAUGCUGACACCUCUCCUAGCGUGGUUGCAAUUAAUGUUAGCCCUAUUGAGUAUGGCCAUGUGUUGUUGAUCCCGCGCAUCUUGGAGUGCUUGCCACAGAGGAUUGAUCGUGAGAGCUUUUUGCUUGCACUUUACAUGGCAAUCGAAGCUGGAAACCCAUACUUCCGCUUGGGUUACAACAGCCUUGGUGCAUUUGCUACCAUCAAUCAUCUUCACUUUCAGGCAUACUAUUUGGCUGUGUCAUUCCCAAUUGAGAAGGCUCCUACCAGGAAGGUGACAACAUUAGGUGAUGGAGUGAAGAUCUCUGAGCUCUUUGAUUAUCCAGUCAGGGGCCUCAUCUUGGAAGGCGGAAACACUCUGCAAGACUUGUCAAAUGCUGUCUCUGAUGCCUGCAUUUGUCUUCAAGAUAACAACAUUCCACACAAUGUCCUGAUUGCUGACUGUGGAAAACGCAUCUUUCUCUUGCCACAGUGCUAUGCUGAGAAACAAGCACUUGGCGAAGUGAGCAGUGAGCUUCUCGACACCCAAGUAAACCCUGCAGUGUGGGAGAUCAGUGGCCAUAUGGUGCUGAAGAGGAAGAAAGAUUACGAGGAAGCUUCCGAGGAGAAUGCAUGGAGGCUUCUCGCUGAAGUGUCUCUCUCUGAAGAGAGGUUUGAAGAAGUGAAAGCUCUGAUCUUUGAAGCUUGUUCCUACACCUUUAGCGAGAAUGAAGAUGAGCAUCACCUACCCCAGGGUGUCGGAGACCACAAACCAACUCUCGAAGAAACGGACUCAAUCAACAAAGGCGCGAACUGCAACAUCGUCUCAGGAACUCAAGAAUGUUUGGUUCUACAGUAAGGACUAGUUUUGCGGCCUGUCUUUAGUUCAAACCCCGUAAGAGCUUUGCUUGUGUAGUAUAUGGCGUGGCUGUAGCUUACUAAGAAUAAGAAAAACCAGGUUUGGUCGCUGUAGUCAAACUAGGUUUGCAGUUGUUGUUGCUACUAGAAUUUGUUUGCAUAUUGUGAUUGUUGCCUACCCUCGUGGCUGUACUAAGCGGGCGAGGGGCCUAUGUGAUCUGUAUGUUACCUCUGAGAUUCGAGGAUAGUGCGUUUGUUAUGGAAUCUUCUGUUAUCUUUCAAGAAUGGAAGCUUCAAUGAAGACUACUGUUGAAUGUUGAUGUCUUUUCUUCUUUUGCUUUUGUUCUUCUCGUUUAAAGGGAAGAAUCGUAUCAAGCUUCAAUGAAGACUAGUGUUGAUGCCUAAUAAGUAAUAACAGAUAUUUUCCCCGG